AUGGACGAUAUCGAGGCCAACUACUCUCUUCAGUUUAUCCCCAGCUGUGACAACGGAACCGAAUUCCGCCUGACCGAGGCCUCUAUUAUCGGUCUCCCGGUCUUGCUCGGGUUGAUCUUCGUAAUCGGCCUCUUCGGAGAUGCACUGGUGCUGUACAUCGUACAGAAAAACAAACACAUUAAUAUUCUGUUUUUUCACAUCGCAUUGGCGCACUUGCUUCUACUGUUGGUAUGUAUUCCCGUGCUCUGCGUGCGCUACAUCACGUCCUACGAAGUCGCCAUCACGGACCCACUCUGCAAACUGGUGCAUUUUUUAACGUACGUUGCCGUUGGGGUAAGCGUGAACUGCUUAGUUGGAAUAUGCCUGUUGAAGUACAUUGCGAUCACACAUCCCGUUGACUGUAUGAUAACGAGUCGUCAUGCAGUUAUUCUGGCCUUUUUCAUAUGGGCCACCAUAGGCUCGGCAAAUGCACCGCUAUUGUGGUACUACAAAGAAGCGGAUGGCGACGUCUGCCGCCUAAACCCAGAACACGACUACCAGUACCUGAUUUUCAUAGGCUUGACUUUUGGGUUAGAUUUUGCCUUGCCGGUGUUGACAAUUUGUUGCAUCACUUUGGGGAUAGCUAUUCAGGUUCACCGCCAGGAGGUGCACGAAGGCAGUACAGCACUGAGGAGAACUAACAAACGCUUCAUUCGGCUUGUCUUGAGCAUCCUCCUCGUGUUCGUUCUUACUUGGGGACCCUUCCAUCUCGCCUACCUACUUGCGAUGUUUCGAGUUUAUGACAAUGCGUGUCCUAAAAACGCCGCCGUGUUUAAUUUCGCCGUGGUUUUGGGCCUCUCAAACACGUGCCUGAAUCCAAUCGUGUACCACUUGGCGUCACUGGAGUUCCGCCAGGCGUUUUGGAACACGCUAAGGGCAAUGCGAACAAUGGGUCAAGCACCGACUGACCACGAGGCUGGGCUUGAGCUGAGGCCCCUUUCAGGCAUAUUCAGGCAGAAUAAUGCUAAUGUGACGUCAUACUCGUGUAGGUCACCAACAUCAACCACGUGCCCAGUGUGA